AUGGAGGACAUACUCGUGGCAGUGAUAAUGAUGAUUUUGGUAUUCUCUUUGGUACCACUCUAUUUCUGGAGACGCCGGGUUGAUUCUCGCCAUCAUCACCAACACCAUGAAGAGCCGCAGGAGAUACAAAGGGAAAGAGUUGUUAGGGCUAGUAAUGCGCGCCGUAUGCGUCGAAGACCUGCAGCUUCUUCGGCCGCUAGCUCAUCAUCAGCUGCCCCUAAUGCGGAAGAGACCUUUGAUGGAAGUGAGGAUGAAGAAGAUGGGUACUACGCAGCUAAAGCAUCAAAGAAGAAGGAAAAGAAAAGACAAGAGCGUGAAGCACAACGUCAGGCUGAAGAUGCUGCCCGUGAGUCGAGGAGAACAAAACAAGAUCGUUAUGAGGAGAUGAGGAGGAGGAAGGACGAGGAGCGUGAAGCUCAAGAAAGAAAGCUGGAAGAAGAAGCUCUAGCUCGGAAAGCAAAGGAGGAAGAAGCUGCUGCUUUAGAUUUCGAAAAAUGGAAAGGAGAUUUUUCUGUUGACGCUGAGGGGACAACAGAAAAUGAAGUCCAGGAUGGAAGCCAGGGGCUGCUCUAUGAUUUUGUCGAGUACAUCAAGAAGCAUAAAUGUGUUCCCCUGGAAGAUAUUGCGGCAGAGUUUAAGUUGCGAACUCAGGAUUGUAUCAAUCGGAUUACGUCACUAGAAUCCAUGGGAAGGCUAUCUGGUGUGAUGGACGAUAGAGGAAAAUACAUUUACAUCUCGUUGGAAGAAAUGAGAGCUGUUGCCGAUUACAUAAGACGUGAGGGUCGUGUGAGCAUUUCUCACCUGGCUAGCAAGUCGAACCAAUUUAUAGAUUUGGAACCCAAAGUUGAAGUAUCUGAGGAUAUAAGUGGCAGCUUAGAGGAGAUAGCUUUUGCUUA